CGCUCGGCUUGCACAUAUGCAACCCCAAGCCUUUGUGGUCUUCGCACAACUUUUCACAACUUUGGAAAAUCGCUGUUGUGUGUUUUCACGGGAACCCACAGGUGAUCUGUUCCGCUUGUGUGCAUUGUCGCAUUGAUGUCUUAGCGCUAUGUUAGCCGUGAGACGGGUGACGAUCGGUUGCAGUGUUGCACGCAAUGUUGUUGUGGUGCGAUAGCGUGUUCGUCGACGAAUGGAGUAUUGUGUAGAAGGCCGUGCCGUUCUCACGGCGAUGACAUGAUUGGCUUUCGGUGCGGAUCAACUAUCCGCCAGGGUACGGCAUAUCUUCGCACGGACUACCAUACCAUGACUGACUACAUGCCGUGUCCCUUGAACCCCUGCCUGUCAAAACUCUGCAUAUCGCACGCUGCAGCUACAUGCCACAACCUAAGGCUGGCUAAGCAGUGGUAACACUGGCUGGAGACAGCAUUUUGUUGCGACAUCUCAACAAUGAGCACUGAUUCCAAUGACUAUAUGAAGCUGCUGUCGUUGCACUGCUCUUUGAUUCCGCGCUGCAUCCCAUAACCUACAGCUCGGAAGAACAACUGCUCUUCCCUGAUUGAUUUGAGCCAGUCAGUCGCGUCACCAGAAGUCAACAUCGUUACGCUAAAAGAUAUACAUAGUACCACCAUGGCACGGUUACCCCUGCCUGAUUCCACCUCUGGAUCAAUGGCGACAACAGCGCCAGCGGCCCGUAAUUUGAACGGUGACGGGCAAGUGACGGGCACCAGUGAAGCGCCCGCAUCUCCCAGGCUACUCAAAUUUGAUGGGAAACGGCCGGUGCCAACUGAAGAGCGCAUACGCACCAAACCAUUCGAUCGAAACCGGCCAUUGGGCGGCGGUGCUGAGAGGGAUAUCUUUCGCUGUUUCAAAAUCUUUCCCGCAGAAGAGAAGGCAUUCCUGACAUUCUGGGCAAGCAAACGUUCCACCAACGGCUUUCUCUCAUACAACGAAGACGGUCACCUUACCUUCCACAUCAGCGCAACUCAAGUUCCGGACCUAGUGUAUUUAGGCAUCUGUCGAUUAGGCACACUAGAGCACAAUGCCCAGUGGGUACAAGUGUGCGACCGAGAUGGGUACUCCUGGUUGACUCAACUCGACUACCAGAACUGUGCAAGUUUGCCUGCGCAUAUGUACGAUACUACCGGCCGACCUCUUGCUGCAGACACCACUGGGACCGCGCGCAUUGAAUCCUCCAGGCAUACUGAUUUCGAUUGA